AUGUCAGAAGGACCCGAAAAACCGGAUCAGCUGACAAAGCCUAAAGCUGAAGCUUCUGGCAAACCAGCCACACCUCCUAAGAAAGGAUGGUCGAACCCAGCCUUGAGGGCAAUGGGCAUCCCCAGGAUCUCGCUUCCAUCUAGAAACUGGAUGAUCUUCUGGACUGCUUUGGCCGGUAUAACCGGUGGAAUCGCCUAUGAUAAGUACCAGCAGAAGCAGAUCCGUAAGAAGUACAUGCAACAAGUCGAGCAGAUGAGUCAAGAGAUCUAUACCGCAGACAGGGUUCCUAGAAGGCUUACUGUCUUCAUCGCUCCUCCACCUAACGAUUUCCUUCAAGAAUCGUUGAAACAUUUCAGGAGAUACGUCAAGCCAGUGUUGAAUGCUGCUGCUAUUGACUUUACCGUGUUUACUGAAGAGAGACAAGGUGAUAUCCGUACUGAGGUUGCAGGAAAGAUCAGACAGUUGAGAAAAGAAAGACUUGAAGCAAAGAGAAUAGAAGAAGAGAGACUCAAGCAAGAAGCUUAUGAUAAGUCAUGGAAGAAGUUUUUUACUGAAAGCGUUCCAAAGACUGUUAAAGGUUUGGUCAGCAAAGAAGAAGAACCUGAGGUUUUCGUUAGCCGUCAGGACUUAUACUCCUCCACAGAUCUUUUAGGUCUAUAUAAGGUGAUCGAACCUAUAAAGUGUGAGAGAGACGAUUCCAAGGAUGUCGUUUUGGCUGGUGGUGUUCUUUGUAUCGGAAGAGGUACCUACAAGGAGUACUUGACGGGUGUACAUGAAGGUCUUCUUGGACCUUUGGAUGCACCACCUCCACCUCCACCAGAGCCUAAGCAACUCGAUGAAGUUCUUGGGGAGAAUAAGGAAAAGAGUGAAUCAGAGACACCUUUGGCUGUGCCAGCUGCUGACAGUCCUGCUGUGGAAAAGCCUGAGGGUGCAUCUGUACCAACCUUGGACUCAGUAACAUCGCCAGAGGGAGAUGCUACGAAGACGGACAAACCAGAAGAAAAACUGGAAGCAGAUGACAUUGACGACUUUGGCCUGAACAUAGAGAAGUCGAAGCUUCCACCUGUGCCAAAGCCUUACAUUCUGCCAUCUGAAUACGCCCAGGCUUCAUUGGCUCCAGAAUUGAACAUGGACGAGAUUGUGCGUAAUGACAAGAACGUACCAGUGUUGUUUGAGCAGCCUAUUGGUGUUUUCACCGUGCCCAAGCUCUCAGGUGUGCUCAACAUACCGACAAAGAUUUAUAGAUACUACACCAAGAGAUAUCUUGCAGAGGAUGUCGCACAGCAGACGUUGGAAGCUGUUUACGGCCACAGUCGACCAUACGACAAGAUGGAUAGGUUCUUGGCUGCCGAAGAGGAGUUGGACUGGCCCAAGAAAUGGAUCGAGAGAGGCAAGAAGAAAAACAGUGAAUGGGUGCAAGAGCUUGAGGUUGACCCAAGAGUGAUCCAGAGAAUGAGAGUUUUCAGCAAGAGCGAAAAGAACGAGGGUGGUGAGCAGCUGGAUGCACCAAACAAGCAGUAA